AUGGCCACUCCGAAUGGCACUGCAGAUGCACCCAUCGAGGUUUCUUCCGCCCCCACCGUGGUGGGCAUCAAUUUUGGAAAUUCCUACGCGUCCAUCGCGGUCCUCACUAAGGAAGGACUCGCAGACUGCAUAGCUAACGAAGAUGGAGAGCGUCAAAUUGCAUGUACCCUCGCGUUCCACGGCGAAGAGUUGUACGUCGGCAACCAGGCCAAGCACCAACUCAUAAAACAUCCCCAGAAUACCAUCACCGGGUUCCGAAAUCUGCUUGGAAAAAAGUUCUCUGAGCUCCCAUCAAACAAGCCAACCGUAUCGGCACCUGUCAUCCAGCAUCCUGACCUUCCAGACGUGCCUGCAUAUAAAGUCCAGGUUCUCCAAGCUUCCCCUACACCGCUAAGCACUACGGCAUCCAACACACCGGCUGCAUCUCAUGCUGCAACGCCACGCUCCGAGCCCACACCCGCCGAGCGCGUCCUCACUGUGUCCGAAGUUACUAUAAUAUUCCUCAAGUCUCUAGUGCAGUCAGCAGAAGAUUUCCUGGGCAGGAAGGUCCAGGGCGCGGUCAUCAGCGUCCCCGCGUGGUUUGAGGAGGCGCAGAAAGUCGCGUUGGAAGAGGCGGCUGCGGAGGCAGGUAUUAAUGUCCUACAGCUCCUCGAGGAGGCCGGUGCCGCUGCUGUCACUACCACUUUCGGCCCUCCGGCAGAGGGCCUCAAAGCAGACCGCACACAACUCCUAGUAGACCUAGGUUCAUCGGGCCUGGAACUAUCCCUUCUCUCCAUUCGAGACGGCCUCGCCUACUCGCUCGCGACUCUCUCCGACCACAGCGUGGGCGGGGACGCGAUCGACAAUAAAUUGAUGAAAUACUUCGCCAAAGAGUUCACCAAGAAGACGAAGACUCCGCUAGUGGUGUGUCCCGCGGGGGAUGCACAGGAUCGGCGUGCGGAGGCUAAGCUGCGACUCGCGGUCGAGCACACAAAGCGCACGAUCUCCGCGUCGCCCGGCACGGCGACUUGCUCAGUCGAGUCGCUGAAGGAUGGGCUCGACUUCACCGGCAGCAUCACGCGACUGCGCUUCGACAUGGAGGUGCGCUCUGUAUAUGAGACUGUGCUCGCGCGCGUGCGCGAGCUCGUCGCCGUUGCAGGCUUGGAUCUAUACGAUGUCGACGAGAUCGUGUACAUUGGCGGUUCCACGAGUCUUCCUGGGCUUGACGACGCGCUAGCGCAGAGCUUCACGGGGACGGUCGUGACGCCAUUUACUACAGGCACCGUCGUGGGCGGUGGCGUGGGCGAUCCGACGACGAUUCUCGCUCGCGGGUGUGCGCUCCAGGCGAAGGUGCUCGCGCUGCUUGCCGAGGGCACGGAGGAGGAGCGUGAGGUGAAGAAAGCAUUCACCCGCGGUAGUAAGUGGACGCAGGCGAAGGCGACUUCGAAGACCAUCGGGAUGCUAUUCCCUGAGGAAGGCGCUGGCGAUGGGACCCUCGGGGGGCAAUGGAUUCCUGCGGUGCUGAGAGAGACCCCUGUGCCUUGUAGAAGGGUAGUAACCUUCGACGUGGAUCUCGGCGAAGGCGAGAGAGAGAAAAGGGCAGGCUUCGAAGUCUGGGAGGUGAAAGAGGGUAUCAAAAUCGAGAACGUUAAGCCACCCAGGGGUGAAGAAGACGAGGCGGAGGAAGACGAGGAGGAAGAGGCAGAGAUUGAGGUUAAGGAGAAGACGAUAGAGAAAGAAAAUCUUCUUGCGUCCUUGGUGCUCGUGGCAAAAGAGGCGAAAUUGGUCAACGGACGGUGGACAACAACACUGGAGGUUCAAUUCUUGAUCAAUGACAGUGGAGAUAUAGAAGUUAGCGCGUCGGAGGUAGGUGCUUCAGGGAAGGGUGAAAAGACCGUUGUCAGUAUCCCUUCUGCAUAG